ACCCAUAUAAGCUGGUAACGUUCCAGUCACAGUAUCUUCAAGAAGCUUGUUGGAGAGAAACUUCAAAAUUGAAGCUCCUGAUACCAUACAGCUAUGAUUUGGAUUUCAGGCCUCUCGGGAUUUUUUUUUGCACUGCUAACCCUCCAUGGUGCAGAUGUGGGAGAGACCAAGAGAAACUCUCUGAAGGAGCCUGAUGUGCCUUUCCCGCCUGCAUGUCCCACAGCUGAGAACCUUGCUGCCAUCUGCCACCAUGGUCAGGGUCGUCCCAGAUACCUGUCCAGCUUCUUCCCAAACUCCAGGGUCAGUCAUUUCCGCCGACGUGGAGACGCCAUCAACCGCAUGGAGUCGUGGUACAGUCUCUGCUGCAACAGACAGCAGGAGCAGAUCCUCUGCUGCACACAACAAGCUUGGAAACAAGUCCUGUCCCAGUUCUGUAUUGAAGAGUCUUCCACCAUGACUAGCGCAUAUGUGUGCUGUGCGGACAGAGGAGAGGCUCGCUGGACUUGCUUCAACAGUGAGCUGCCAAACCCAAACUAUGAUCCAAUACCAGGCUACACUGCACCCCCGGUCCCUGAGGUGUCAACAUUCACCUUUGAUGCAAAUGCUUGCUAAGGGAUAAUUAACAUAACAUAAUACAGUAUUCAACAAAACAAAAAACUCCUAUUGUCUAACUUUUAGGGAGUAAGAAAAAAUGUUUUUUUACAAUAUAAUAAUAAGAGGUAUAAUGCUAUGAAUCUGCAGUUCUUAACCGAGAGGAGAACAGGGCAUUCUGUUUGUGUUCAUGCUGAGUAAGGGUGAUAACAGCUGAAGUCAGGCAUUAUUUUAUCUCUGUAUUUACCCAUGCUUUGUCACAACAACAAACACACAUUUUUUGUAUUGCACCCCCUGCAUAUUUUCACAGUUAACACUCAAAUAAAGAGUGGAUUUGACAGUUUCUGACAUGUAAUGUAUAUUGUGUAGAAAUAAAGGAUGAAAUAAAGACAGAAAA